AGCCCAGGCGGCAGCCAUGGCCGCCUACAGACCCGGGGUGCUCAUCGGCAACUGGAACGAGGAGGCGUUUUUGGAGGAGGAUCGCUUGAGGGAUUUCAUGCAUAAAAGAGAACGAGGAGAACUUUUAAUACAGAAAAUAAACAAACUUCAGGAUAAUCUUUUGAAGAAGAUACAGCUGUCGGUAUCUAAGGAUGGAUUUGUUCAUUUUGGAGACACUGUGAUGCUUUUGAACCCAGCCAACAAAUCCUCAGAGAAGAAUUGCCCUGGAGUGUGCAUCAGUCUGACUUUGGCGAUUAAUCUGGAUGAAAUAUCCGUAUAUUCGGCCAAAUCAUUGCAAGCCCCUUGUGGAGUUAGCGCAGCUGAGAGCGUGGACCCUGUGGGUCGAAACACUUUUUGUAUUUUAAGUGUUGAUGGAGGUGCAGUGAGUGAACCAAUUAGAUUUGGGCAAAACUUUGUUCUUGGGACAACAGGAGGGUUUUCUGACCAAGUGUUAUAUCUAGCAAGUGACCAUAAAUCAUUUAUGAGAUUUGCUAAAAAAUCUUACCUUCAGCAAGUAUUUUUGACAGAUGAGCUUUCCUAUUUGACUUGCUGGCAAGCCACCUUCUUAGAUCCACAACUGCGUCUCGAAUAUGAAGGAUUUCCAGUUCCUGCAAACUCUAAGAUUAUUAUUACUCAUUGCCGUACUAAUCGGAGCUUAGCUGUUCCAAGGAACUUUUGGACAAGGUCUUAUUUUGGAAAAGAAUAUGAAGUAAUUUGUCACACUUACCUGGACUCCCAUAAAGCUGAAGAAGAUAAGAAUUACUGGGUAAUAGUUACAGGAAAUCCCAGUGAUGAGGGUGGUACAAUGAUUGAUAGACCCAACCCUCACCCAAGGGGGAUCAGAAAGAAUGAGUUCUGUGAAGAGACAUAGAAUAUAAAAAUCCCAGACUACAGCUGGCAGAGAUUGAUGAGAUUCUGAUUUUGGGGUUUUUUUUCUGUUCAGAUUUUAGUUUGAGAGAUGUUUGUUUUAAAAAUGGAAAUUAAAGUCUACCAUUAGUAAUAUUGCAUAAUCACAUUAGCUCAUCAAGUUUAUACAGUGGGCAAAAACUAAUAAAAUUUGAUGAACCAUGCACAACAUCAAAAAUUCAUGAAUCAGGACAGGUUCAUUUUCCCAUUUUCACAUUCACUAAUGGCAAAAGAUGUCAGAAUCCAGAAAAUCUAAUAUAUUUUCACUACCUUACUGGCCUUUAGAGUGCAUUUAACCAAUUCUUCCAAAACCAAACCAGUGUCACACUUUUUAACAGGAUGAGUGUAGAGUUUCCAAAACACUGAAAACCAAACUCAUGCAAGUUGUCAUGGGAUACUUUGGCAUUUAAAGUUCAUCUGAAAGAAAUUUGGUUGUUAAGCUUGUUGCACGCUCUGUCUAGCACAAUGUUGCUGAUUAUUGAAAAAUCACCAGUCUAUUUCGAGAUUGGUGUCAGAUUUAUGGGAAUGAAUUAAAAAAGAUACAAACUAAAUUUUUUAGCUUUGUCCAUGUACUCUAAACGUUUAAAUGCCAAGUAAUCAAGAACUUGAGCACAGUGAUACAGACUAGAGACUUCCAACAGCCUUAUCUAUGCCUCACCAUGUUCCAUUUGCUUCCCACCCUCAGAAUUUUUCAAUCCAAAAAUCAUUUCUACCAAGUCUGACAGCAAGGUAAAAUUAUAAAGAAAAUUAAGCCCCCACAAGUUUCAUGAAAAUAAAUGACAAAGUAGAAAAAGAAUAAGAGAUACUGUAAGUUUAUCCAAUAAGAAAAAGAUUGUAGUCUAUGUUCAUACCUAAUUAAACACCAGACAAUCACCAUGAAAAAAAUGGCCCAAGAAUGGUAAAAAUUUCAGCUGGAACUCACAUUUUCUUACACAACAAAAUCAACCAAGCAUGAGAUGCAAAGACCUGGAAAACAGAUGUCAUUACUUCAUAGUUACCUGUCUUUAUACGGAAGCUAAAACAGCACCACAGAGAAUCUUCUUAAUGCAUGAUAUUGCAUUAUAUCCAUUUAGUAAAGCUACAUGUAUACAUAUUGCAUUUCUUACUGUACCACAAGAGCAGGCUCUUUCUGCACAAAGUCAGUCAAUUUCUGAGUAAAACACUACAUAAAUCUCCACUCUCAAAAAGGAUUCCAAAGAUCUUCAAUGUUCAUUAAGGUCAAAUAAAACUUCUUAAGUUUUACCAAAACAAACCCACUAAACUUUCACUUUCAUAAAACAAGGGACCGAUCCAAACAUGUUGUGUCUUCAAGCUCUAUCCCAGAUAGACUGUUUCAAACCCACUGGCAAGGCUUUAAAAGUUCUUGCCUUUAUUCAGUGUAAGUUAAAUCAGCAGACUGCAGAACAGGCUAACUAGCACUUGGCAUACAGGGUCUCAGAGCAGGAGACAGAUUACAGUUCUGUGACAUGCGGGUUUGCUUUGGGGGAGCGUAUCACAGAGGACAGUUUUUGAAUCACACCGCUCAUGUGCAAGCCUUCACAAUCUGUUACAGAUGGGGUACCGUAGAGGAAAGUAUCUUUAGGAACUUUUUCUUUCACUUUCUAUGUAAAGAUAUGAAACCUGACGUGUGGCAAGCAAUGUAUGUUUUUAUAGAGGCACUGUUAUUACUCCACCUUACAGAGAUUAAAAUUCUGCACAUUUAGAUUGACAUAAUCCUGCUUUGAUUUUGUAGGUAUUAAACUAGAAAAACUUAGGCUGUGUGAGUGCACUGCAAUGUUUCUAAUUUGACCAUUGUGGACGCUUAUUGGUAUUAGGAAUAGCUGUUUCAAAUCUGGCAAAGCCUCUUUCCUCUGGGUUAAAUGUAAGAAACAAGAAGAGGCCUUAAAACAAAACUAUUGCUGAAACAGAGCUUCAUGUGAACUCACGCAGGAAUGAGAACUGUGUGGGCAGAUGCCCUGGCCAGUUAAUGUUAUGUAUAGGAGUGUGUGCGCAUUUGUGUGGGAGAGGAGCAAUGCAGGCUGUACAAAAACAAGUUUUGUAAAGUCUUAGAGGAAAACCAAAGAGAUAAACAGAUACAGAAAUGAGUACAAGAGUGGGUAAUGUUGGAAUUAGGGGCUGAUUAAAAGUGGCUUCGAGACUUGUGUGUGUUUUGAUCAGUCUGUGCUCAUGCGAAAGGACUUCCUGAGCUCUUGAAAAAUAAACAGGAUUGAAUCAA